GAUCACAGAAAACCAUUUUAAUAUGACAUGUUUAUAUUGGGAAAUAUAAGUAUGAAAGUUACACUAAAAUUACAAUUGUAAAAUUACCAUAAAUUGCUAUCAAACACUUGGAUGGGGAGUUAUCUCAUUUGCACCCAUACCAUAUCUUCUUAUUUAUACUUAGUAAACAUGUUAUCAUGUUGCAAAAGAAAUUUUCAUUUAUUCUAUUUAAUAUUUCUUCACAGGAAACAGAGACAGAAAAGAGUAUUGCUCUUGUAAAAGGGUUAGAAAACAAUGUUAACAGAAAGAAGGGGAAAGGGAUUAAAUCCAAGUCAUGCAUUAAAGUUGUAAAGAAUGUGCCGAAAAUAGAUUCCCUUCCCAUAAAACACUUGGAAACGGAAGAGGAAGAGGCUCCGUAUGUAGUGGUCUUCCUUGACCAGGAGGGAAAUACCUUAUGUUCACACGUAAUUGGAGAUGGCAGGAAAAUAAAAGGACAAACAUUAAAUGUGUUGGACUCAUUACUGUUACUAAUUGCAGUUUAUUAUGUUUUUGAUUUGGAUUAUCCCGAAAUUUAUUCCCAGACACUGGGGAUUUUACAACAGUGGGCUAUUGGGGAUCAAUAUACCCAGCAAAAAUCAAGCAAUUGGAUAAAAUUCUCUGACGUGUUGUCAAGAAAUAAAAAUGAGUAAAAACUA